GUGUGAGCUUGGAGAGUUGGGCUGGCGGCAGUUUGGAAUUGUCUACAGGUGGGGUGGAUUUUUGACUCACGGAAUUGUUUCCAAAAAAUAUUCCUGACCUGGUCCAGCUAAAUCUGAAUUCCAGAUUCUUGAAGUCUGUUUAAGCUGGGAGUUGAGUACAUAUAAUGCCUUUCGCAUCAGGUGGAUGUCUCAAAGAGCUUCAUAUUGCUGUCUGAGCUGCUCGGAUGGUGAGAGACAAAGAGAGUGGGGAGGGGAAAGAAGACCAAAAGUACCAUCAAAGAGCAAGGACAAGUGGAUGGAAAAUUUGGUGGCUCUGAGGAAGAGGCUGAUGAAGACUGAGAAGAGUUUGCAAAGUCUAGGAAUAGAAGAUAAUGGUGACGGUUUAAAUGACCAGUCUGAUAGCUCUUCUCAUCAGAAUUAUGCCCCUGGUUUAACAAUGGAAGAUCUUUAUCAACCUGAUACAGUAAAUCGUGGGAUAUGCAAUCGCAUCAUGGCAAACACUGAAAGAUCAGUUCCUCAAAAAAAUGUUUUCAGCAACAUAAGUCCAUCCAGCAGUUUAGGCAGCAGGGUACCGCAACAUCCAGUCUCUUCAGCUAUUGAACAAGAAAAAGACCAAAUGCGGAGAAAGCUCAGCUCACUUCGAGAGGACAAUUCCUCUUUGGUUUCCCAGAAUCAUUGUUUGGUAAAUGAGAUUGAGUCUGUACGAUAUGAACUGACACAGUCAAAAAACAAGAUUCGCUAUCUUGAAUCAAAUAUUGAUGCAAAUGCACAGAGUGUCCCUCAGCUAAAAGAACACAUCUUGGGUUUGGAGUCAGAGGUUGAGGCUCAGGAAAAAGCUCUCAGAGAUGCUGAAGAAAAAUUGGAGGAAUGUCAGUGGAUGGUGGCUGAAAAAGACAAGUUCGUUGAAAAGCUAACGGAUGAAUGCAGUAGAUUGAAGAAUGACUUAUUUGAAAGAAGUAAAAGAGGAAAAAGAACUGAACAACAAAGAAAUGAAGCCCUUUUUAAUGCUGAGGAAAUAUCUGCAACUUUUAAAGAGUACAAGGAAAAGACCACUGAGAAACUUUCAAGGUUUGAAGCUGAGGAGGAGGAAUUACAGAACAGCCUGGUUCACUUCAAUAGGGAAAGACAAGAAUUGUUAGACAGAUUUACUUCCUUUGAAAAGGAAUUGGAAAACAAGAAUGAAGAAACCAGGCAUCUUAUGAAAGAAUCUUACAGUUUAAGGGUGGUUCAAAAGGAUCUGGAGGCUAAAAAUGCAGAGAUGUUUUCACUUCUGUCUCAUGCCAAGGAAAAAAUUGUAAUGUUAGAAAGAGAAUUAGCCAAUAAAGAAGCCCUUUUAAAAGACCGAGAUGCCUUAAGGAUGGAGAAUGUGGAAUUAAGAUCACUUACAGCUUGCCAAAGUGACCGAUUGCUUCAGUACUGCAAAGAAGUGGAGAAUGCCAAAUCAGAGUGCAGGAACCUGGAGUCAAUUAUGCAACUACAAAGGAAAGGAAAUCCAGAGGGAGAUAGCGGGGUGUAUAGUACAGGACUGCCUGGUUCAGAAUUCUCUGAUACCUUUUCAUCCACGAGAAAGGAAAAUGGUGUAAAAGACCCUGGUUUCUGCACUGCAUCCAAUGACGCUUACUGUGGAGAUCACAGGAUGAAACUAUCGAACAAAAAUUCUGAAAUUCAGAAUCGACAGACUGGGCUGAUCAAUAGCAAAGCAUCACAGCAACGAUGCAGUGCUAACUUAGGUCGAGGUGGUGACGUGUUGGAUAGUCUAAACUCAGAACAUGUUACGGAUAGAAAUGACAGAAAGUCCCAGGAACCGCUCAUUUCCAAUUAUGAAGAAGAACGACAUAGAAAUAUAAGAGAAGUUGAGGAGCUUCAGACCAGAUUGUUGGAAGCAGAAGCUACAAUCUCAACUUUGCAGGCUCGUAUGACGCAGAAGAUUAAUCAGUUUCAGCAGUUGCAAGAGGAAUUGUUGGAAAAGAACUCAUACACUGCAAAUAUAGAACAAGAAUUGAAAAAGAUGAAAUCGCAGGCUUCUACAGUGGAGAAACAGUUGGAGGAGAAGACCAUUGCUUACUCAACGGGUGCUGCAAAAGCAACUGAAUUAGAACAAGAGCUUAUAGAAAAGAAUAAAGACAUUUGCAAUUUGGAGAGAAUGGUAAAGGACCAACAUGAAAAUGAAAUUGCAGAACGUGAAAAUAUUAGGAAAAUCCACAUUGAACAAUGCCAAGAACUGGAAAAACAGAUUGAAAUUGUUCAAAAUCAGCUGGAAGAAAAGUUUCUGCAGGUGAAGAAGCAAGAUCAAACCAUAUGUGCUCUUCAGGAAGAAAUCUAUUCCCGGCAAAACAAAAUUGAGACAUUGGAAACGAUACUUCAGGAAGCCAGAGAGAAGACAGAGGAACAAAAUAAAAGAAAUGUUGCAGCUUUAAAAGCCUUGCAGAACGAAACAGAAGAAACAGCUUUCAAAGUUCGAGAACUGGAAGCAGCAUUGGCUCUUUGUAACGAAGAGCUGAAAGCACAAGUACAGCAAAUGAAAGGGGAACGGACACAUUUUGAAAAACAGCAGAGCAAGAGGUCUGAAGAGGUGCGUCACCUGCAGAAAGACCUGAAAUUGUCCACCAUCAACCUACAGGAAACAAGCGAACAGAAUGUUCAAUUCCAGCAGUCCUUAAAGCAGCAUCAGCAGAUGUUACAGCAGGGUACCACCAGAAUUGGAGAGUUAGAGGACUGCCAAAUGAUGCUUGAAAGACAGGUUUCCAAACUGGAACAAGAAUUACAGAAGCAGAAAGGGUUGUCAGGGGAAGAGCUUGCAAAAGCAGAAGAAAAGCUUUACCAGGCCUGUCGUGAUGCAGAGUACAAAAAACAACAAGUUACUGAUCUUAACAACACUAUGAAGAAAUUAAAGAUAGAAAUGAACGAAUGCAAAAAUGAAUUUACUGCUUUAGAAACUGAGCUUCUGCAGCUGAGACGUGAUAGUGCGAGCAAUGAAAUUCAGCUUAACCAGCUGGAGAUGAGUCUUCGUGAGACACAGAUAGAACUGGAAAAGAAGUCUGACCAAGUGAUUGAUCUGGAAGAAAGGCUGCACAAGACUGAGGCAGAGCGCAAGAAUUCAUUGCAGCAGAAUCAGGAGAUGGAUUUGCACUUGAAAAAUAUGCGCGGUGAAUUGCAAGGCACUUUAAAUCAACUUCAGGAGUUACGAGAUGUACUUCAAAAAGCCCAGAACAGUAUUGACGAUAAGAAUGACACAAUUGAACAGCUCACUACUGAAUUUAGGGAAUGUCAAAAUGAAUUGCAGAAGAGGGAUAAGGAGGUGUAUGACAUGGAUCAGGCACUUAAAGAUAGACAGAGGGAGCUCAAGCAGAGAGCAGCUCAGCUUACACAAUUGGAUUUGAAUAUUCAUGAACACAAAACUGAGACUGAGCAGAAAAUUAUUCGUUUGCAAGGUGCUUUGGAGAAAGCUGAGUUGAUUGUUAAAGAACGCAGUAAACAGGUAGAAAUCCUGGAUGAAAAUUUACAAAUUACAAAAGAUCAGUUACGUGAGAGAGAAUUUGAAUUACUACAAAAGGAGCAGCAAAUAAACCAACUGAAAAGUGACGUAGAAGGAAAGCACCAGAGAAUUGAAGAAUAUGAACAGACACUGAAACAUAAGGAGCAGUGUAUCGCAAAACAGCAUCAGGAAGUUUUGGGUGAAGGCCAGCAGGUACGCUUAGCUCGUGAACUAAUGCAGCGUACCCAUCUGGAAUUGACGGAGGCUCGACAGCAGCUAGCACAAGCCCAAAGGGAAAUGGACUAUCUCACUCGGGAGCUAAACGAAACUAUUCAACUCUCGCAUGAAAAGGAGGCUCGUGCUGCUCAUCUGGCAGAAGAGUUGGGUGCUGCUCAGGCUCGUGAGACUCAGUUAGAAGUCAGAGCACAGGCAGAGAUAAACAAGUUUAAAGAAAUGGUUGAAAGUUUGAAGGAUACUCACCAGAAAGAGAUCUCUCUGCUUAAGGAACGUCAGGCACCAUUAUCCCUUUUUUCUGGCCAGAUCUCAGAAACCAGCAAAUCUAGUGGUCCGAGCACAAUUGACAACUUUUUGCAAACCAACGAGGCGUUAGAAGAUGCACAGGGAAAGAUCCUUAACCUUCAGAAAGAGCUUCAGGCUCAAAAUGAAGAAAUGCAUGCCACAAAUGAAGCCCUCAUAAUCAAGGAUUCUGAGGUAGCGAGAUUACAAGUUAAAAUUUCCGGAUAUGAAAGAGCAAUGGGAAUACGGCAACUUUCGACCAUUCUUCCAUCACAAUCUCUUGUCAACCUUGAUGAUCCUCGAAAAGAUUCCAAAAUGCUUUCACCAAAUCCCUAUCUUUCUAGAAACAUAAAUAGAUCUUUACAUGUUGGUGAUGUCUAUGGAACUGAUAUUAGUUCAGCAUUAAAUUCACUCAAUUGCUCCAAUAGAAUUCGAGAAAUUCUUGAGCAAUCUUCUAUUCCCGUGAGCAGCAGUUUGCCCAACACUGAACAAAAUGCCCAUGGGGCAGGAGAGUCAGGGAAUCUUCUACCGUACAGUCACUUUAAACACCCGGAGAACGAAGCUAGACCUUUGGAGCUCACAGGGCAGAAUAAUGAUUGUGGUGAUUUGGAAACAUUAAGUGGAAUGUUAAACUAUCUCCGUAGUAAAGAGGGAAGCAAUUCUAUGAGAGACUCUCCUGUUAGUGAUGUAUCAACAUUGUCCAGUGGACAGCAGAAAAUAAAAGAAGAAGAAUGUUCAACAAAGAAGCAUGUUAUUCGUAACCAAUAUCAGAGCAGUAAUAAUUAUAAUCCGAGUGACAUGGAUUUAAAGGGCCCACUCUCAAAGUCCUUUUUAAAAAGUAGUUUGCUUCAAUCCCAGCAACGUAUGGCUGAACUUUCUCAUCAAGAGUUGUCAUAUGAACUUUAUCAGCUGAAAAUGAAUGAGGAUAUGGGAACUAGCGGUCAGCAAACCUCUCCCCAGUAGCACCUGCAUGAAAAGUAAAAUACUGACAUCAUCUUCAUGUCAAUUAAACAAAUGCCUUGGAGUUUCAGCGUAUAAAAGUUUUCCUAUUUUUAUAUUUUCAUGCUAGUAAUUUAUUGUGUAAGUGGAUGUUAAAAAAAUGAUUUAUAUUGGUAAAUGUUUUGAACAGAGGUAAAAUAUAAAUGUACUUCAGCAGUGAAAUAUUCUGAAUUUUUUUCUUUGUAAAAUAAACUUCUCAAUUCGUAUG